AUGGUUGAUUCUAUAAAAAAGAAUGGUCCUGCUGUCAAAAUCUGCCAUGGUGAUAUUAUAUCGUUUGCUGCUCCUCCUCAGCACGGCGAUGUUAAUAGAGUAACUGCUCAACAGAAACAUGCCAUCGAAGACCUCAAUGAAAGGCUGAGUGCUUCUAUAUAUGCUGAAGCAUAUGCUAUAAUAAGUAGUCAGAAAGUAAAUAUAGCUGAACUCAAGGAACAAUUAGAUGACGAGCAGACUCAGCGAAAAGAUGAGCGGGAAAAGGCCACAACUGAUCUAAAGGCUGCUGUUUUUAGAGCCCAGUCUGAGGCUCAAGAGGAAUUAAGACGACACACUGAUGCUGCCUUAAGAAGAGAAAGAGAACUACAUGAAACAAUAAAUAAGCUUCAGGAGUCAGAGAGAGAAAGGUGUUUGCUAGUUGAAACCUUGAGGUCCAAACUGAUGGUUGUGUCUGAUAAUAAGGUUCGCCAGUUGGAAACUGAAUUGCAUGAGGAGAAGCUGACCACUGCAAAUCAAACAAAGAAAAUAGAAGAACUUGAAGAGGAAACAAGAAGAUUAAGCAAAGAGCUUGAGAGUGAAAAGGUAGAUAUCGGAAUUUCAUGUUCCAAGAAUGUUUUUGUAUAAAGGUGUUUGUCUAAAUGAUGUCUGCUUUCCACCGAUUGCUG